UUUUAAUGAAAGUUAAUGCUUGCAUAUUGCAUCUCUAUGCCACUCCACAAUUCUCUCUUCGAAUCGCACCAAUCAACUCACCCAGCUCGGCUCUUCUUUUCGUCACGAAUACAGCCGGGAGAUGAACUCACCGUCAUCCUCGGAUUCCUGAAUCUUCCGGAAUUGACAAUCAACGGCAAACCAAGUCCCCUAAAGUUUUAUCGCCGAUAUCGUCAUGGAUGACCAGGAACAGGCACAGGGACAAAUGACAUGACAACAGCGAACCCCUAAACUUGGCGGCAGGAAAAUCAAGCAACCUCCAGCCCUCGGCAUUUGCUUGACCACGUGAUUGUCCACGGGCCGAUCCGCUGCUAUGCCAGGAAUAGAUUGGUGUCGGGAAAUUGACAGAGUCUCUGGCAUGAACGACGUCGUCUGUCUUCUAUCUUUCCUUCUUGCUCAGUACUUUUAGUAUUAAGGUGCAGAGCAGAUUUGUAGAAAUCAUUACACAGUCAGUCUUCUUUUUCUUGCGAGCACAUCGCAAUAUAUAACGCUGCUCUCCUUAAACCUUAUCAAGUUCCUGAGACCCCCCGAGAGAAAAUUCUUCGUGCGGUCUAAGGGCACAAAGUAAACUGGGGAGCACGGGAGAUGGAUGCCGAGCGCACGCACGCUAUGAUCUAAGAUCUUCGGAUCGCUGGGAUGCGAGGCCAUUGUCCGGAUGGGCAAUACCCACUUCAGGGAGGAGACAUGAGGUAAAAGGAAUCCACUUGUGACUACAACAUUAAUCUUCUCGGGAGGGGCAGAGCCGCAAUGGGAGAGGUCGACGUCGCCUCACUUACUCGUAUGUUUCUUAUGAUGGAUGGCUCGGCUUAUGAAUGAAGAUUGGGGAAUGGAUCCCAUCAUGGUCGGACUUAUGAAUGGCUGUAUUAUUUUUCCCAGCAUACUCGUGUGAGGGGGUUAGUCUUGUGAGAACCGCACACGAGUAAGUUAAAACUCCUAGAUGUCACUCACUCCGAGGAAGGAACCACGGUAGCGAGUGCUCAGUGCUCACCAGACCUCAUCCAGUGCGUUCUAGCAAGGUCUAGCACCCACCUCCAGAAUAGAAAAUGAGAUAAUGGCCGCGCGCUAGAGGCUAUCUCCUCCACAUCCCCAAUUGUCAAAUCCAACAGUCACUGUUUCCCCGUAUCAUUCUCGGUUCAUUACAUACUUCUUGCAUAAUAACCUUCUCCUCCGUUAAAAUCUCUGUCGUACCCCGAGAAACUUCUUCAUCAAGCUCAUCUCUUUUCUGCAUUCUGAUCCGUCGACUUUUCCUGCUAGCGAAGCUUCUUUGUUUUUGGGUUUUGGCUGGCUGUCCGUCCGUCCGUCCGUCCGUCCACUUUUGUGUAUUGCUUGCAUUACAUUGUCUUGCAUAGCAUAAUUGUGCUGCACUGAAGUGUAGUGUGCCCUACCACCCCUUCCUACUAAACGACAACCAUGUCCACCGUCACGCCAGAGUCGCAUUCGGAGAAAUCCACCACCAAGAAGGACGCCGCGCUCCCAGAUGGAAUCGUCGGUGAUGUCGAGACCCUCGAGGCACAGGGAAACGCACAUUUCAGCCGACUGGGAUGGAAACGCCUUACGGUUGUGCUCAUCGUUGAGGCUAUAGCCCUAGGCGCACUCUCGAUCCCGAGCGCUUUCGCCACGCUAGGCAUGGUCGCGGGAGUGAUCACGACUGUCGGGCUCGGCCUCGUAGCCAUUUACACAUCCUACGUCGUCGGACAGGUCAAGCUCAAGUUCCCCGAAGUCGCCCAUUAUGCCGAUGCAGGACGGCUGAUCUGGGGUCGGUUCGGGUAUGAGUUGAUCGGAGCGAUGUUUGCGUUGGAGUUGACCUUCCUGGUUGGAUCGCAUUGUUUGACUGGUGCGAUUGCGUUUGGGAACUUGACGGAGAAUGGGACCUGCUCGUUGGUGUUUGGUGUGGUCUCCGCUGUCAUCUUGCUACUUCUUGCUAUUCCGCCGUCAUUCGCAGAUGUCGCCAUUUUGGGAUAUAUCGAUUUCGUGUCGAUUAUGUUGGCUAUUGGCAUUACGGUUAUUGCUACCGGCGUGACUUUUGGACAGUCGACUCAUGUUGUUGAUUGGUCUGCUUGGCCUAAGGAGGGUAUCACUUUCGUCGAUGCCUUCAUCGCUGUCACCAACAUCGUCUUCGCCUACUCCUUCGCAGUCUGCCAAUUCUCCUUCAUGGACGAAAUGCACACUCCCAAAGACUACGUCAAAUCCAUCUGGGCCCUCGGCCUCAUCGAGAUCUUCAUCUACACCCUCACCGGCGCCCUAAUCUACGCUUUCGUCGGUCAAGACGUCUCCUCUCCCGCCCUCCUCUCCGCCGGCCCCCUCAUGGCCAAAAUUGCAUUCGGCGUCGCCCUCCCCGUGAUCUUCAUCUCCGGCUCCAUCAACGGCACCGUCGUCGCGCGCUACAUUCACGGCCGCAUCUACAAGGACUCGGUCGUGCGCUUCAUCAACACGAAGAAAGGGUGGAUAACGUGGCUGAUUCUCAUCUCCGUCAUCACCAUCGUGGCGUGGGUUAUCGCCGAGGCGAUUCCGUUCUUUGGGGAUUUGUUGGGGAUAAUGAGCGCGUUGUUCAUUUCGGGAUUUACUUUUUACUUCCCGGCUAUCUUCUGGUUUGUGUUGAUCAAGGAGGGGAAGUGGUAUGAGAAGAAGAAUUUGUUGUUGAGUGCGGUUAAUGCCGUUUGUUUUAUUAUUGGGAUGGUGGUGUUGGUUGCGGGGACGUAUUCGACUGUUGUGGAUAUUGUGAGUCAUUGCUUACCCUGGGACGAGCUUGAGAAGAGUUGUGCUAAUGAUGUGAUAGAAACGCCAGUACACCGAGGGAAGUGUUCGGGGUGCUUUCACUUGCGCUCCGCUAUGAGGGGUCAGUAAGACAUGAUUGGAUAUAAUGAAGAGCAAUUCAAGCGUCGAAGAUGUUUCAUAUGAAAUGAUUGGUUUCCAAUACACGAUCAAUUCAUCAAACCACGCCUCCAUGUCUUCUUGGGAACAUUUGGUCGUCAAGUCCGCAUCAAUUGCAUUGGCCUUGGCAUCGACAGACCAGUCCGAGGAAAGCAUCUUUGGUGUUUGUUGUACGACAUACAUAACUAUCAUAUGAAUAAUAAACGAUCAAUAAAAACAAAUCAAAAUCUAAAUCGCUGUUGCACAAAGUCAUUUGCUGUCGUACAUAUUGACGGCCACAUCAAAUCAC